AUGACCUUCCUAAGGAAAAAACAGAACUCGAUGCAAAUUCUAGAUGCCACUAUGCGGAAGCAUGGUCUUGAUGGCAACAUUGUGGUUUUUGAGCGCUCAGGUCUAAGCCGCACAUGGAAUAAGGAGAAUGAGUGGAUGUGGCACGCUUGGAACGGCAAGACGCUGACGAGCGAGAAGGCGGCGCCGUGGCUUUAG